CACGAUUGCCCCUCACGGCGGUUCAUGCAGCAGCAGCAGCAGCAGCAGCAGCAGCAGGACCAAAGGUGACGCGACUGUGGAAGAUAAUCUAUAAAGGCGUGAGUGCCUCUGCCAUUGUCGGAUCGUCGUUGUGGGAAGUAGUCAGUCUUCAGUUUCUCCCGGUUCAUUCAUCAGUGAGAGUAAUAGACACACACACAAGACAAGAUGGCAUCCAAGACGUACAACGUUGGAAUCAUCGGAUAUGGAUUGUCCGCCAAGGUCUUCCACAUUCCCUUCAUCAACCUCACCCCCCAGUUCAAGCUGCACAGCAUCGUCCAGCGCAAGCCCACGGCCUCGUCGUCGGCGCCCAAUGACUACCCGGAGCUGAAGCACCACACCUCGCUGGAGCCCAUGCUCCAGGACCCCGAGGUCGACGUCAUCAACAUCCUCACGCCGCCCAACACCCACUUCAGCUUCACCAAGCAGGCGCUCCAGGCCGGCAAGCACGUGCUGGUCGAGAAGCCCUUCGUGCCCACCGUCGCCGAGGCCGAAGAGCUCAUCCGGAUCGCCAGGGACAACAAGCGCCUCAUCUGCGUCUACCAGAACCGCCGCUGGGACAGCGACUUCCUGACGGUCAAGAAGAUGGUGGCCGACGGCGUCUUCGGCCGCGUCUACGAGUUCGACACCCACUUCGACCGCUACCGCCCCGAGCGCCCGACGUCGUGGAAGGGCGAGCUGGGCAUGGCCGAGGGCGGCGGCGCCCUCUUCGACCUGGGCUCCCACCUGCUCGACCAGGCCUACCACCUCUUUGGCAUGCCCGAGACCGUCUACGGCAAGCUCGUCAGCCAGCGCGACGGCCGCUUCGACGCCGAGGACCCGGACAGCGUGCACGCGCAGCUGGCCUACAAGGACGGCCUCCUCGUCAGCGUGCGCAUCGGCGUCAUGAGCGUCGAGACGCACCAGCCGCGCUUCUGGGUGCGCGGCACCAAGGCUUCGUUCCACAAGACGGCGCUCGACCCGCAGGAGGACCACCUCAAGGCCGGUCGGAAGCCCAACGAGCCCGGCUUUGGCGUCGAGGACCCCAUCAACGGCGGCAGGCUGCUCCUCGUCAGGGAGGGCGGCGAGGUCGAGGAGCGCACGAAGCUGACGGUCGAGCCCAAGACGUACCUCAAGCUCUUCGAGGCCUUUGCCAAGGCGGUCGAGACGGGCCGCGAGGAGGACGUUCCCGUACCGGCCAGCGAGGCGCGGGACGUGCUGCGCAUCAUCGACGCCGUCAGGGAGAGCGCCAAGACGGGACGCGAGGUGCGCCUCUCUUGAGCGCAGAGGAGAGGAGAGGAGAGAAACAAAGACACGGAAAAGGCGUCUUGACUCGUUUGUGAACGACACGCGGAUAUCCGUCCCGAUGAUGCCGGUGGGCGGUAAUCCUUCGGGCAAAUGGUGGCUUGACGUGCCGAGCCGAUGUGGAAAGACUAGAGCCCGUUUGACGCAAUGACGAGUGUGACGAAAAGCGUGUCUAUUCUGGCAAAGGGUUCAAGCAAAAGGGGAAAAGGGGGAAAGGGGGUGGAGGCGGAGGCGGAGCCGGCCCUAUUUUGGUUUGUGUCAGCGGGUUGCUUUCGGUAGGAAAUUUCGUAAACGAUGAAUAAUGCUCAACCUCUUUCCGGAAUGCGAGCAAAGUCUUGGGAGACAACGAAAGGGAGAAAAAAGGUCUUGGGGAGAUGUCCGCAACGGGGGACCACCGCCGUCGAUCACCCGUAUACGUGCGAAAGCCAAGGCCCGCGAGGAGACAGGAACUCGUUGGUAUGACUGCCUCUUCCUCUGCCU